AUGGCGUCGUCUGGUAAAGAUAUCGAGGCCGCGAGACCGCAAGGAAUUCCAUACUGGAGAGUUGUUUUCGAUCAAGGCGCUGUGACGCCCGAAAUCAUCGAGUAUCCUUAUCCUGGCAAAGGCACAGAAGAUGAACCCUACAUCGUUGACUGGAUCCCCGACGACCCCCGGAAUCCUAUGUUGUUCAGCAACACGACAAAAUGGGGAUAUACCGUUGUUGUCGCUUUUGCAACUUUCGCGGUAUCGCUGUCCUCGUCUGCCUAUGCUGGGGCGAUUCAGGAAGUCAUCAAGUCGUUUACAGUCGUCCAGGAAGUCGCCACGUUGGGUGUCUCGCUGUUCGUCCUCGGAUUUGCCUUGGGUCCUUUGAUCUGGGCACCGUUGAGUGAGUUGAUCGGUCGUCAGAUUGUGUUCUCGUUCACAUUCUUCGCGCUUGCCGUAUUCUGUGCCGGUGGUGCAGGUGUGCAGAACUCCUGGUCCUUGAUUAUCCUGCGGUUCUUUGCCGGUUCGUUUGGAUCUUCGCCGUUGACCAAUGCUGGUGGUGUUAUUGCGGAUAUCUUCACGGCAGAUAAAAGAGGACUGGCCAUGAGUUUGUUCGCGGGAGCACCGUUUCUAGGACCGACCCUUGGACCCGUCAUUGGUGGUUUCCUUGGCCAAGGCGCAGGCUGGCGAUGGGUGCAGGGCUUCAUGGCCAUUUUCAGCGGUCUCAUCUGGAUGCUGGGCAGUAUCCUAGUCCCUGAAACCUACGCCCCUCUGCUCCUUCGCAAACGCGCACAGCGGCUCACCAAAAUCACCGGUCACGCAUACUGCAGCAAGCUGGAUCUUGAGCGUGGUGAGAUCUCCAUCAAGGAUGCUUUCGGUGCGGCGUUACUUCGUCCGUGGAUCCUAUUGUUUGCCGAACCGAUCGUCCUGUCAUUAUCCAUCUACAUGGCCAUCGUCUACGGAACGCUUUAUAUGCUCUUCGACGCAUACCCGAUUGUCUUUCAGGAAAUCCGGGGUUGGAAUGAAGGAGUUGGCAGUCUUCCGUUCUUGGGCGUCAUGGUUGGCAUGAUGAUUGCCGUCAUUGGAAACAUGUGGGAUAACCAACGCUAUGUUCGUGUCAACAAGAAGUACAACGGCUUCGCGCCGCCAGAAACUCGUCUAGUCCCGACCAUGAUUGGCGGUCUUGCAGUACCGAUCGGUCUUUUCUGGUUUGCCUGGACGAACGGGACGAACGUGCACUGGAUUGUGUCCAUCAUUGCCGGCGCACCGUUCGGAUUUGGCAUGGUCCUUGUCUUCCUGUCCAUUAUGACUUAUCUUGUCGACGCAUACACUAUCUACGCCGCAUCCGUCUUGGCUGCGAACUCGGUCAUCCGCUCCUGCUUCGGUGCCGGGUUCCCGCUCUUCACCACAUACAUGUACCACAACCUGGGCAUUCAUUGGGCAUCGUGCAUCCCUGCCUUCCUGGGCGUGGCUUGUCUGCCCUUCCCGUUCCUGUUCUACCGGUACGGCCCGCAGAUCCGUCGUCGCUGCAAGUACGCCGCAGAAGCAGACGAUUUCAAGCGCAAACUGGUGCAGAAUGUUGUGCAGCCGGAGGAGAAGAAGCCCAUCCCCAAGGACCAGGUGGAUGGAACAGUUGACGAAGAUCAUGUCGAUGACAGUGAAUCCAUUCUCACUGCGUCAACGGAGCGACAGAAUGAAGCUCUGUACCAGGAAAGCCCGUACGAUAUUGACCGUGUCAACACGCGGAACUCUGCCAUUACCCAGCGGUCGCGGUCCAGGUCGACGCGAAGUCAGCGCAAGUCGUUUCUCCAUUUCUGA